UGGCCGCCGGCCAGGUCUCCGUCCUGCGCGGAAGCCUUCCCCCGCGAGGACGGCGGGCUGCUGGCCUCCACUGGGCGGGGAACCUCGCCGGGGCGGCGUGUGUGAGGGGAGAAGAGGGACGGGACAGGCCCGCCUCGGGGGACCACCGCGGCAGCCCCGCCGAUCGCCGCCUCGCUGAAGACUUUCUCCUCAGCGGCCGGCGGCCUUUCCCGCUCCCGCCCCGCCGAGCCAGGCCCAGCCGGGCCAAAAGGGCUCCCCGCGGGCAGGCGAGGCUGGGGCCGAGGCCGCACCAUCCCCCCUCCCCGCGCCGCCGCGAUGGACUCCGGCAGCGAGACCUACGAGCUGAACGGGCAGGCGGAGGGCGCGCAGCCGGCGGCCGUCCCGCGGCACAGAACAUCACAGUGGUUUCAAAGAAAUGGAACCAUGAAUAUAAACCACUAUGCAAAUAAGAAGAGUGCUGCAGAGAGCAUGCUGGACAUUGCCCUGCUGAUGGCCAAUGCAUCCCAGCUGAAAGCUGUGAUGGAGCAAGGACCUUCUUUUUCCUUCUAUAUCCCACUUAUUGUUCUUAUCAGCCUGUCGCUCACACUGCAAGUUAUGGUGGGAGUGCUCCUGAUAUUCCUUGUAAAAUAUGACCUUAACAACCCUGCCAGACAUGGAAAGCUGGAUUUCCUCAACAACGUUGCAACUGGACUAGUAUUCAUUAUAGUAGUUGUGAAUAUUUUUAUCACUGCCUUUGGAGUGCAGAAGCCAGUUGCUGGGUCAGCAUCAGGAUAGUAAAUACAAGAUCUGAAGCAUCCAUUCUUCCAUAGAUGGCAUUUGCACUUGAGCCAGUUACGCUUGGACACAGUGGGAAAAAACAAUCUGAAGAAGCUGGACAUACCGAGCAGAUUUCUCAAGUUUCCAACAACCAACACAUUUUUGCACCUAAAAUUUUCCAAUGCGUUAAUAUUUAAACUGUUCAGCGUCUAAGGAAAAGUUGAUUUUGACCCAAGGACAUGGCUUAUCUGGAAUAUUGGCAUUUCAAUUUCUGUAGAAAUGAAUCGUUUUUCAGAGAAGUGGCAUAAACUCAUCAAACAAGAUAAUAUCAACUGGUGGCACUUCACAGGACUUCCUGUUUUUCCAUGGCUUUUGUUUUUGUGGCCCUUUGUCAUUUCCAGCAUGGUAAGAAAUAGCAGGCCUUCAGUUCUGGCAUGGUCCUUUAUUUCACUCAGUUGGGACAAAACCUACUUACUCCAUAACACAGGAGUGGUCUUCCUUUACAGUGUGCAAAGAGCUAUGCCUUGUUUUCAUUUUUUCCACUCUAGCUAAAGCAAAGAUGAGAUAAACAGAAAGAGUAGGCUAUCUUUUGUCCAGUUUUACUCACAGGUUUUUUGUCCUGUUUCUUCAUCUCUGGACCACACUUAGAAGUUCCUUCUCCUUUGUGCACAGACACAAAUAACCUAAUUGCUAAUAGUUUCUUACUAUUAACCUCUAUACUCCAUAUUCUGUGCAUUAUAUGUAUUUCUGGAAACCCUGUUAGAAGCGCUGCCUUUUCUAGGCCCAACUAGAAAACUAGGGGAUACAGGGUGAACUUCACCUGCUAAACUGAGCACCUGUCAGUGAUUCAAGUAGCAAAUUGAAAGAAGUUUAUCCCUCUAUAAAUUACUUUUCCCUCUUCUCUUCCCAAGAUGGAUUGCUGCGGUUGUGUUACUCUCAUAAGUUUAUGGCUAAAAGCAUCACUCAUUUUUUAAUUUUUACUUUUUAAAUAUAUAUAGAGAUAUAAAUAUCUUCUAGGUUCUUACCUGCUGGCUCAGGGACUGAUACUUUUUUCUAAAUACACUAUUGUUAGUAAUGGUGUAAGUUAUAAACAUUUCUACAACAAAAACCUUUCAGUAUUUUAUUUCCAGAGUAUGAUAUCUACAAACAGAAAAAUCAGUUUUCUAGAGUGUGCUUACUUGUAGAUGCAGAUUUGUACAAAUACAAAUCCAUGCUGUUAAUUUUUAAAUGCUGUCUUGCACAUAUUAAUAGAAGUUUGACUUCCAUGCUCUCAUUUCAUUUACAAUUUUUAUUGAUCACAUUUCUCUUUAGUUUUGUCUCAAGGCCAUUAAUGUACCAUAAAUUAAUUUACGUUUCCUGUAAGCAUUACUAAGAGAAAAAAAAUCAGAAACUUUUGUGAUUAGUAAUAGAAUAGACUUUUUAAUUUAUUUUUAAUUAAUCUUUUGUUGCUUCAUUUCCAACUUAACAUGUAUUUAACCAGGAUCUAGUAAGCAAUGGCUCUAGUUAUGUGUGUUGUACUAGCUCAGAGCAGGUUCUGAAAGAGGUACUCAGUACUCAGGACAAUUUUCUUUAUUUAUUUUUUACAAACCAGCAAACGGUUGAAGGACUAUUCCUAGAUAUUUUUGCUAUCGCAGUUUUGAUGCUGUAGUGUACUGAAUUGACUGGAAAAUAGAAGUUCUGAAAACCUGAAAAACCUUUCUUUUGGAGAAAAUAGGUGACUGUAGGCAUGUUCCAAGCAUGAAAUUUAUCUGUGGCUCAACAUAGGGCAGUAAUUUUGAUAAGAUUCUUGACUGUACCACCUUUGUUACCUUUCACCUUUGUACUCACUGGACUAUUUGCCUGUCUGUGCAUCUGAUUCAGCCUGGAGAGGCUCUCUGGAGUCAUCCACCUCUCUUCUGUAUAGGAAACCUUGUACCUAGCUAGAUGUCUGAAGUAGUUGCUUUGUGUUGUCCUAAAUACAUAACCCAUCCAAAAGAUAGUUACUUUUAACUUAUGCAUGAAUAUUAGACAUUUUUCAUUGCCUGAUUUGCAACUUCCUAGUUUUCUAAGCACGACAUAAAAAUAGGAAGAAAUAUGAGCAACCUGAUCUAGUUGAAGAUGGUCCUGCUCAUUGCAGGGGGAUUGGACUAGGUGACCUCUACAGGUCCCUUCCAACCCAAACCAUUCUAUGAUUCUAUGUUUCUGGCACUUAGCUAAUCCUCUCACUUUUUGCCUUGUCCUUAGUACCCUGAAGGCAGAUACAAACAUCCACUCAGGCUCUACUGCUAUUUACUGUAUUUAUACAUGGUGGUGAUUUGGCCCAAGCAGUCAAAGGGCGCUGCAGUACAGACAUACCAGGUCUUUCCCCAUUUUAUUCCCCUCAGUAUUGGACCAUAAUUUUUCAGGUAACUCAAGCAAACAAGCUGUUAUGGUAGGUUUCUCCUAAAGAAUAUAAUAGCUGUUCUUACAGCAUCUUUACUGCUAAACUGUUGUCCAAGAGAAACUACCAACUAUCCCAUCUCCCAGCGGCUUGUAGAACUAACUGGAUCCAGAGUGGUAUGGUAAGGAACACUCACCAGACGAUGACUUGUCAACUACAGAUUCCCAUGGACUUUGCGAGACGCAGGUUUUGGGACAUACAGGAGGGAAAGAAAAAACGCUUCAAGCUUGAAUGCAUUGUUGGGCGCCAAGAGCUGGAUGUGGAGAUCUGCAGUGUGGGGGUUGGUGUCUGUUCAAUUCAAGUCUUCCAGAGCCAGGCUCAGAACAACAAGCCUCCCCUGCCCCCAUGAUCCCUUCUGCCUUCUGAGUUCCUGAAAGUGUGACUGAAGCAUCACAACAAAAAAUGAUCUGAAAGCCAUCCAUCUGACUACAAGACUGUACUGGGCAUCAGCAGGAUCCAACGUGCAACUGGAUGCCUUUUUUUAAAUAAAAAGGAUGCUAGUUUAUUACCGUG